GAUUCUAGAUUAGAGAAAGGAAAAACAAAGAUACAAUUUGGAUUUGGAUCUAAAUUCUACAAGAAUGGCAGCAAAUCGUCGAAAACAAGAUGACAAGAAUUUAGAAAUAUUGCGCGAGCUAAUUUCAAUGAACGGUAAUAAAUAUUGCUUAGAUUGUAACCAAAGAGGGCCGACAUACGUAAAUACAACCAUUGGAUCAUUCGUAUGUUCAAAAUGUUCAGGAAUGUUGCGUGGCCUUACACCACCUCAUCGCGUAAAGUCUAUUUCUAUGGCUACAUUUACUCCGGAAGAGAUUGAGUUUAUCAAAGAGAGAGGCAACGAUUAUUGCAGACGAGUAUGGUUGGGUCUGUACGAGGGUGAAAGUGUUAAUUUUGCCGAUGAACAAAGUGUUAAAGAUUUUAUGUCAGACAAGUAUGAAAAGAAAAGAUAUUAUCUUGAAACAGCGUCAAAUAUUAUGACCAGUAAUGGCAAUUUACCUUCAAAAAAUCAAACCAAAGGAAAAACUACAUCAAACAGCACUGCAACUUUAGUGUCCAUACCCCAACAUUUUGGGAAGUCUGCAAAUAAUAACAAUACAACACAUUUAGCCAAAAUAGUCAACAACUUUACUCCAGCUAAUGAAACCAGUCAUAAAGUUCCCCGGCCUAUUAACAAUAUAAUGAAUAACAUGCCUCCGAAUAACAUGCCAUUGUUAGAGAAUCCAAGCCCAGCACCUGUACCUGAUUUUCCUGUAGAUUUUUCAACUGCAAACAUUUACAACAGUGCCCAAACUACUAGCACUGUAAACAACAAUUUCAUACAACCAAUUGCUAAUUCAACUCAAUUGACUGCUUUUAAUUCUACAAGUACAACAUCAAAUGAUAGAUACGCUGCAUUGGCUGAUUUAGAUUUAGAACUAAGAAAACAAAAUAUGAGAAGUAUGGAGGAGACUCCAAGUGUUGCUAGCAAAAAUCCUUUUCAAAGCACAAAUACUAGUGACAUUUUUGGGAACAAAAAUCCAUUCUUUAAUGGUGGUUGGAGCAGUUCUAUGCAGCCUAUUAACCCAUUCAUGCCUACUACAAACAAUGGAGCAGUUAUUAACUCCAAGAAUCCCUUUCUUUGAGAAGAUGAUGUCAUAUUUUCAAUUGAAUCAAGUAUUCUGGAUGCACCAAAAAGCUGAAAAUGAAAUGUAAUUCUGCAGAAGUUUUAAAUGAAGACUACCUAUUCACUUCUUGCUAUUAGAUGUUGACUUCAGUGCCUCAGUCUGCCUUAGGGGGGUAUUACAUUAUCAUAUAUAUUGGAUCAUUUCUAUAAUCAU